AUGAGUGACCAAUCUCAGGUUCCGGCAGAGGCCGCUGUUGAAGCCAAGCCGCUGGUGGGCUUCCUGGGCCCCCAGGCCUCGUAUACGCACCAGGCUUCGUUGCAGGCUUUCCCAGAAGAUGAGUGGGAUCUGAGACCCGUCGUCAACAUCACAGGCACUCGUGCCGUAUGCCACCUCGCAUCUGACCGGGCCUCCUCAUCAGACAUCUUCGAGGUCGUGCAAUCCGGCGAGGUCGCCUUCGGCGUGGUUCCCGUCGAGAACUCGACCAACGGCUCCGUGCUUUUCACGCUGGACAACCUUGCCGACCGCAACGGCUUGUACCCGGACAUCUCGGUCUGCGGCGAGAUUUACCUUGACGUGCACCACUUCCUCGUCGGCCGCCGUCCGGAUCCGGCUCCGGCUCACGACUCGGCGACCGGUCCGGGCUCGGGCCCCCGGGGGGGAGGAGGCGGAGACGAAGGCUCCGGCGCCUGUACCCCGACGGCAUCGGACCCCAACCCGCUCAAGCCCCGGACGAAGCCGCUGUGCAGCCUGAAGCACAUCCGGCGGCUGUACUCGCACCCGCAGGCGUGGGGCCAGUGCGUCGCCUUUUUGCAGACGUACCUCAAGGGCAUCGAGGCCAUCGACGUCAGCUCGACGAGCCGCGCGGCGGAGCUGGUCAGCAUGGACGAGACAGGGACGAGCGCCGCCAUCUCGAGCGAGAUUGCUGCGGGUAUGCACGGCAUCGAUGUGCUGGCCCGGACGAUUGAGGACCGCGAGGACAAUACGACGCGCUUCUUUAUCAUUCGCAGGGGCCUUGACGCCGGGCAGAAGAUGCCGGGCCACUGCGUGAGGGAGAGGGAACGGAAAAAGUCGAUGGUAUCGUUUACGGUGCCGCACGAGGCCCCCGGGGCGCUGGCUGACGUGCUGGACUGCUUCCGCCGGUACGGGACCAACCUCACGAGCAUCAACAGCCGGCCGAGCCUGACGGCACCGUUCAACUACGUCUUCUUUGCCGAGUUUGAGGGGCACAGAUUCCGGGACCCGGAGGGGAGGGUCAAGGGGGCGCUGGAAGGGGUGGCUCAGGUGGCGGAAAGAUGGCGCUGGCUUGGGAGCUGGGAGGACCAGCGGUCGUGA